UGCGCGAGCGCUGGGACGCGGCCGCAGCACCUGGCUGCUGGAGAGCGGGAUCUUCCCGGACGCCGGCUUCUUGCUGACAUGUCAAGUGGAGAUGAUCAACAAUCACAGACUCUUGCCAAACCCACUUUCAGUGAGGUACAAGCCUCUGCAUUAGUGGAAUCGGUAUUUGGGUUAAAAGUUUCCAAGAUCCAGCCACUUCCUAGCUAUGAUGACCAAAACUUUCAUGUAUACAUUUCAAGAACCAAAGACAGUACAGACGGCCCAACUGAAUAUGUCCUCAAAAUCAGCAACACUGAGGCUAGCAAACACCCAGACCUGAUUGAAGUUCAGAGCCACAUCAUCAUGUUUCUGAAAGCAGCUGGGUUUCCAACAGCCUCGGUGUGUCGAACUAAAGGAGACAACACAACUUCUCUCGUGUCUGUAGACAGUGGCUCGGAGACCAAAAGCUACUUGGUGAGGCUGCUGACUUACCUCCCAGGAAGGCCCAUAGCUGAGGUUCCCGUCAGCCCCCGGCUGUUAUAUGAAAUUGGAAGGCUAGCUGCCAGAUUGGAUAAGACACUGGAGAAGUUCCAUCACCCAAAGUUAAAUAUUCUUCAUCGGGAGAACUUCAUCUGGAAUCUGAAAAAUGUCCCUCUUCUGGAGAAAUAUCUGUAUGCCCUGGGCGAGAACAGAAGUCAAAAGAUUGUUGAGCAGGUCAUUCAGCUGUUCAAGGAGGAAGUAAUGACCAAAUUAAGUCAUUUCCGACAAUGUAUCAAUCAUGGAGAUCUUAACGACCAUAACAUUUUAAUAGAGUCCAGCAAGUCAGCCUGUGGAGAUGCUGAAUAUCAAGUGUCUGGGAUUUUAGACUUUGAUGACAUGAGCUAUGGCUACUAUGUAUUUGAAGUGGCAAUCGCCAUCAUGUACAUGAUGAUUGAAAGCAAGAAUCCCAUACAAGUAGGAGGCCAUGUCCUUGCAGGGUUUGAGAGUAUAAUCCCACUGACAGCUGUAGAGAGGGGUGCUUUGUUUCUACUUGUAUGCAGUCGUUUUUGUCAGUCACUUGUCAUUGAUGCACACUAUUGCCAGCUAUACCCAGAGAACAAAGACUAUCUCAUGAUUACUGCAAAAACUGGGUGGAAGCACUUACAGCAAAUGUUUGACAUGGGCCAGAAAGCCGUAGAGGAAAUCUGGUUUGAAACUGCAAAGUCCUGUGAAUGUGGGAUCUCCAUGUGACUAGACAAAAGUUCACAUUAACUUGAGUAAUUAAAAACCCAAAAGAACCACAUCAAAGGACUUUCCCGCAUAGUUAAAAAUGAACUAAUGGAACAGAUCAAUUCUGAGUAUGACAAAGCACAUGAAACUUCUAAGGUCUUCAAGCAAUCUCAUGACCGGUUUUUAAACUUAAGAAAGUACUGCAUAAGCAAGCAUGUCUUUCUGUGGGUCUUGCUUGCCUUGUAUAUAAAACACAUAUAAUGAUAUUUUGAAUCAGAUAAUCUCUAGGUCUGUUCACCCUGGAAUCAAUGACUUUUUUAAACUUUGAAAGGAAUAUAUAUGUAUAAAUAUAUUCACAUAUUUUAAGUAACUGGACAUAACAUACAGACCUAGCUAACGUAUCACCAGUUCUAUGAAACCUUCUCUGAUCUCUUCUUUCUCUAGAAUCCCAUUGUACUGUGUCUUUUUCAUGGCAUAUCACUUUGCAUAAUGGAUCAUGGUUGUGCAGUCAUCUAGCCUGAGGGCUAUUUGAGGGCGGAGACCAUGUAAAGCUUAUUUUUGUCUCAUCCCUUCUUCUCACACCUGCUACAGUGCCUUUCCCACAGAGAACUCUUUACAAAUACUUGCAGAAUGAAUGUAUGUUAGAAGAAAGGCUGGGGAAGGCGCACACUAAGAUGCCUUAGGGUAAAACACAGAAGGUAUUCUUCGAGAACAUUUUUUAGCUUGUUUGAAAGGGUAGAUGAAACUGGAACUGCAGAGAUAGAUGCUGGAAGAUGCGAACUGCAAGGAAGCAGAUAAAGACAUCCAGGCAAGGCCACUAACCCCUGAGCCACCUAAAUAUAAUGGUUAGUUUUCAGACUAAUACCGGGAAUGUCCCUAAGCAGAUAUUUUUAAAUUCUCUAUAAUUUAUGUUUCUUUUUGUAUGACCAUAAACUGGAGCUCACUAUAUACUUGGCUUAAAUUAUACCACUG